GCGGAAAUCGUGAAGAGGGCAAUAUUUCCCAGCUCCGAUUGGCGGCCGUGCCUAGGUCGAGGUUGAACCUUUCCCUUCGGUACAGAUACCUCCAUGGUUGGUAUGGGAUUAGUGACCAGGUUGGAUCGGUGUGUGGUUAGAUUUUUGCCGGUGUGGCGUGCGUGACUUUCUUAAGAAACCGACAUUGAGGUCGCCCCCCCUCCCCCUUCCCCGUGUUCUCUCCCUCCUUCUAUGUAGAUCUAGAUCACCUUACGCUUGGGAAGAUGGCCAGACCGUACAACCAGGUCGUCUUGUUCGGAGACUCGCUGAUCCAGGGUGCUAGCGAGGUCCAAGAUGGCUUCUCGUUUCAGGGUGCGCUGCAGAGUCAUUGCAUGCGAUACCUGGACGUGAUAAACAGGGGCUUCUCGGGUUACAACACCAAGAAUGCCCUGGACCUGCUUCCCCAGGUGUUCCUGCCGCCGUCGCCCGCGAACCCGAAGAUAGAGUACCUCCUGGUGCUCUUAGGUGCCAAUGAUGCUUGCCUGCCUAUCCCGACCAACACUCAAGGGGUGCCGAUCGACCAAUACAAGGAGAACCUGAUUCGGAUCGUAACGCACGACCAUGUCAAAGCCCACAACCCCAAGAUCUUGCUGGUCACACCUCCCCCGGUCGAUCAGAUCCGGAUUACCGAGCUCGACCUGGCCGUGGGCCACGCCCAGGCAACGCGAGAGGCGGCUGUCAGCGCUGCCUACUCCGAGACGGCUCGCGAGGUGGCCGCGGCGGUUCCGGGCGUGGUGGUUAUCGAUCUCGAGAGAGCGAUCGUGGACAGAGCCCUCUCGCUGACGGUGGACUUCGACGCUGACGGACCUCCUUUGGGGCACCCUGGUGGCGUGCGGGGAGGCCUGGAGCAGCUCUUGCCAGACGGACUACACUUGAGUGGGGAGUCUUACCGGGUCUUCUUCGACAUAGUCAAGCCACACAUCGGCCCAUUCGCGGAGGAACAGACUGUCUUCCCAAAUUGGCGGGUGCUAAACCCCGGCACGCUGUAGCCGCUCACGCAAGAAAAACUCCCGCAGCUGGAGGACGUCUCUCUCUUCGCCGCUAGCCCCUUCCAUUCCCGGCCGCCACCCGGACUGUGCAUGGAAUCUGUACGUGUACU